AUGAUAAGAAUAAGGAGAACAAGGAAAAGGAGAAGAGGAUACCGCUCCAAUUUCAAGCCUCUACAUUUGCUUUGCUUGAGCCUAAUAGCGGCUACCUUGCCAUCGCCAUCCUGUUCUCAACUGGACGAAGAAACCAAUUCGCCGACACCUGCUCCUGUCUUUGAUAUCACACGUCCUCCCAGACCGCCUACGUCUGGUAGUGGUGGUGGCAACAUCCCUGACGUUGGUGAUCCCUUUAAUGCCAAUCCACAACGACCCUCCACGACACCCGCUCCCACACAAGGUUCCCUUUUUGGACCAACAUCUCCCACAGAAAUACCCAGUUUCAGUCCCAUUGGCCCUGACCCAUUGACCAGACCACCGUCGUCUUCUGUUGCUGCAUCUCCUGUUCAAUCACCGCCUUUUAACGACCCCUUUGCUCCAGCCCCAGUCUCUGAAAUCACGCGGCCUCCCGCCAACAGUACCAACACAAGUGCCCAUUUUGAUUUCGAAGAUUCCGAAAGUGUCAUGACAACACCCAACCCGACAGAACCGCCCACGGAUGCUCCCACUCCAGCACCACGGACUCGGCCACCGGCUCUGAGCGGUGCCACCGUCUGGCCUGCUCAAGAAGAGUCGGAUGGUCCGUCCACGUUUCCACCUAGCAACGUGACGCCCAUGCCCACCACCUUGGCCCCCUCGUUUCUCCCCACAUCCAAUUCGCCGACAAGGAUACCCACUAAACGACCGUCCACAACCCAACCUACAAACCAACCUUCCAGGAUACCCACGACAAACCAGCCGACACGGGAACCAACUCCAGAACCUACGAUAGAUCCCUCUUCCGCUCCCUCAAUCGCACCAUCUGACAAUCCAUCCACCAUGGAACCGUCUGCCAAUCCAUCUACCAUGGAACCGUCCAUCAAUCUAUCUACGGCGGAGCCAUCUGUCAAUCCAUCCACCGUGGAACCGUCUGCCAUGCCAUCUACGAUGGAGCCUUCGGCGAAACCAACAGCGUAUCCCACCAAAGCACCCAAGACACCCAAACCAAGCAACACCAACGCACCCAAAGGGACACCCAAACCAUCACCCCGACCUCCACGACCAAUACCCUCCGUGCCGCCAAGACCCACUCCGAGGCCGUCCAUGGAAUUCCUCAACAUGUCGACGACAACAACCAAUAUGACCACGCCACAACCGACACCUCGGCCCCCCAGACCUGUACCAUCCGUGUCUCCACGACCCACUCCACAACCUACUAUACAAAAAUCUCCUACACCUGGCACUCCCAAUCUGACACUUCAAGCCACUCCACAACCUACUGCGGACAAAUCUCCUACACCUGGCACUCCCAAUCCGACACUUCAAGCCACUACGUUGCAUCCCUACCAAGUGCCAGGUCUGCCAUUGGUGGGUGUUGGAGUGAGGCGGAUGGAGGAUGCAGACAACAACACUAGUAGACGGCGACAAGAAAGGAUUGACGCGUCCCAAACCGAACGACGACAGCAACAGCAAGCAUUGAGAAGAGGAGUGGUUUGA